UCUUUCAACCUUGUCGGGUUCGCUGUGGUACCUCGUGCAUGGUCCUUUAUAUUGAUUGCUCUUGCUGCACAGACAUAUUUACUUUACUGUUGAGCUCAUAAAUCCACAAUGUCAAAAGUGGUCAUGCGAAGGAACUUAGAGGGUGAUGAUAAACUUGAAAUGGUCACAGAUGAUCAGUUGAUCAGGACAUCACAGAUCUCUUUUUCGGAAAACAAUCAUCCACGUAGGUUCUGGCCUGUUGUGGUGAUCGCUUGUCUUCUCUUUAUUGGAGGUCUUGUCUGUAUACUCGUAGCAACUUUCAAGAGUCCAAGCUCUUGUCCAGCGACUAAUAAAGCCGUUUCUUCCAAGAAAGAAGCGUGCUUGUUCUCUCCAGAAGCUAAGCGAUUUGACUUGGAAGGCUUCCUGAAAGAAGUUCAGAAGAAAUACUACGAAAUGAAUCCUGAUAGCGUGGCAUGGCAACCCGAUAUUGAAGAUCAAAGCCAGCACGUCAGAGCACUGUACGUACCUUAUGAUCCAACACCUGAAACACUAAAAAAGAGAACAGAUGCUGCGAAGAAAUUGUACGAUGAAAUCAGCAGUAUGAAAAUAGACAUGGACAAACUGAAGCCAAGGGAAGGCAAGGCCGUUGCACAGGUAAAACAUUUUCUAAAGCACACAUUCGGUGUUCCAUACGAAGAGAACUACUAUGCCGGUGACUGGAUGCUUGGCCCAAACCUGUUUUGCUGGAUGGCAAUUUGUAAUAUCGACUAUGACGUCAAUGCCUUCGCAUAUCAUUUCCAACCAGUGACGUAUGAUGACGUUGAACACGUCAUCAAAACUAUCUCAAAGUAUAAGCAAUCUAUUGAUCAGUACAGGAGCAACGUUGCUUUAGGCGUUACUACAGGGAUGAUACGUACAAAAAUCGACUGCAUAGCUGGAGUUGACGCUCUAAAGCAGGCAUUCCUUAAAAUAUCCCUUGCAAACGACUCAAUUGGAGUCCUACAAGAAUGGUUCACUAAACUAUACCUUCAGAAGAAAUAUCUUUCCAAGCUAGAAAACGGCGUGGAGGAUUCAUGGGCGAACAAACAUCCAGGAAGAAACAUCAGUACUUCUAUAAGGGAAGCUCUCAUUUAUGGUAUUGGUCAGCCAAUGACCGAUCUCUUGAAUUACCUUGAAUUUGAUCAUAUGAGACACUGCUUGCCCAAUGAUGUUGCUAGUGGUCUUGGUGGGUUGCCUGUGGAUUAUGUAUACACCGAUAGUAAGCCGGACUGGAAGAAUCGAACGACAAAAACGCUGCCAACGGGUGAGGUACUGAAUGGAACCGAGACGUACCGAAUGAUUUUGUCUUACUUCACAACUACUGAUAUCUCUCCUGAGGAAAUCUAUGAAGAAGGAAUGAAACAGCUUGAUGAGUUUUACACCGAGAUCAAAAAGAUUACAAAGAUUUACACUAAGAAAUCAAACGAAUCUGAAGCUAUUUUGGAAUUCAAGAAAACCCUUAAUUCCAGCGUGAUGUGGCAUAACAAUGGUUCAUUUCCUUCAAAUGAAUCCGAUGGCAAUGCAUUCAAGAAAUGCGUCAGCCCAGAAACUGCUCAGAAGUAUUGUCCAGUUCGCUGGGCAGCGAUUCAGAGAUGGGCAUCCUACUGUAGAGAGGUCAUGGGAUUACUGUAUCCCAAGAUAACAAAGCUCUUUUACUUUGCUGGAGAGAAGAACACCGCACCUAACUGUCCAGUAGAGAUGCUACCACAUUACAACCCAUCCAAUGGCGCACAGUUCUUCAGACAGAGCGACUCUCAGUGCUCCAAGCCUACUUACUUUGGGCUGCCGUUCUUCUUGAAGGACUACGGUCCUGUGUUUCAAGAGUGGUCUGUAACUGCACAUGAAGCUAGACCUGGUCAUCACACCCAAGUACAAGGUCUGAAGGAACACUUCCAGGACUCGUGUGGUGGAGUUCCUUCAUGGCUGGACUCYAAGACAUAUUACACGGCAUUCACUGAAGGCUGGGGUUUGUACAGUGAGAAUCCACUCAUCUCUGAUGACACAGACACUUAUGAAGAGAACUUGCUACAGAAAUACGGCAUGCUCAAAUGGCAG